UCAAAAAGUCAAACUUUGGAAAAAGCGGUCAAUGAAUUAUGGCUUAAGCACCAACAAAUUAGGCGAUGAUAAUUCAGAAGCAUCAUCACAGAUCAACAUGGCUUUUCCAUUUCAUCAUUCUUUACAGUUCUUGACAUUCUUCUUCCAAUUUCUCUUUUGGAGCUCUGCACACUCACAUGUUCCUGCCAUUUAUGUGCUUGGAUCCUCCCAAGUAGAUGUGGGCAAUAAUAACUAUCUUCCUACCAGGAUAAAGAUCAAUUUUUAUCCUUAUGGCAUCGACUUCCCCGGUGGUGAGGCCACCGGCCGCUUCAGCAACGGCAAGAAUGCCGCAGACUUCAUUGUUAUCUGGUACUUAUGGAAAGCUCGUUGUGAUGCUAUAUUUAAGAAUUUAACUCCCAAUUUCUCUUGCAUUGCUGCUAGAGCCAUUGCCCAUGUUAAGGAUUUCUUGCAGGAACACUCACCUCAAUUGGGCCGUAGGCUUCUUCUUAAUAACUUUCCACAUAGCAAUGGACUUUUCCUAUUCUAUGCCCAUCGCUGGAAUGACUGCUCCAAGAUUGGUAAGUUGGGGUUUUUUAUAUCAAAUCAUGACUAUGUUAUAUCAUGUGCAGGCAGCUGUUCUUUCUGGGCAGAGACAAACUUUGAAGCUGGUAUCAAGGCAAUCAACAUGGCAAUUCAAGCUUCAAUUGAUAAACAUUUUGUGAUCAAGCGCAUUCUUCACAGCAAUCCUGAUUUAUCUCUUGGUCUUAAAGAGGGCUGCAAUCCGGUAACUUGGAGAUAUGCGCUGGAUUUCUCUGACAUCUCUCUUCUUCUUCAAGUUGCGGGCAACCCCUCUGUGAUUGACAUCCCUUGCAGCUGGAACCUCCCUGCCUCUGCUUUGGCUUCUUCCGGCAACAACAAUCAUCUUCUUUGUCUCUAUCUAUCGGGUCGUGAUCUGCCCAGAUGGAUUAUGAAGACCUUCUCUAAACAUGGUUUUAUCUUCUAGUUUUUAUUAUUUUUGUUCUUGGUUUGUUUGUUUCAAUUUCUCUGCUUGUUCCUUUUUGUUCUGUUCUAGUCUCUUUGGUCUGGCUUGUAAUAUUUGAACCUUGUAAACUUUUUGUUUUGUUUAAUAAAAUCAGCUCUCUGAGCUCUUUCCCCAAAAAAAAAAUAACAAAACUUCUGAGUUUCUCAAAGGUGUCAACUUUGCUUCAGGUGGUGCUGGAGUCCUCAACAAUAUAAACCAAGGUCUUUGCAUUUCAUUCAGUAAACAAGUAGUUUACUAUGAAAAAACUGCGAAGGCGAUUGAGAAACAGAUAGGAAUUGAACAAGCUUAUAGACAUCUAUCAAAGUCCAUCAUUGUGAUCAGUAUUGGAAACAAUGACAUACUGGCUCACACUGGUGUUGGUUCAUCUACAAUAAAACCCGGGAUCACUCUUAAGCAAUAUGUGCAUCAAAUAAUUUCCUCAAUGAGAUCAGAGUUGAAGAGAAUGUACAAGCAUGGUGCGCGAAAGUUUCUGAUCAUCGGAGCUGGGGCACAAGGUUGCUUGCCUGCUGAAAGGGUGAAACAGAAAAGAGGGGUAUGUAAUGAAGAAGCAAAUCAGCUUUCAAAGAUGUUCAACCAAAAUCUAGUUUCAUUACUAGAAGAAGCAAAAUCAAAGUUUAGUGACUUCAGAUAUGCUUUCUUCAGCAUGUACACUGGCUAUGUUGAAUUAUAUCACAAUAGAAGAACUUACGGAUUUGAUGAAGUUGAUGUGGCAUGUUGUGGUGGUGGCUUCCUGAAUAGCACCAUUUUCUGUAAUCCCAAAACCGUUCCUCCUUGUUCCAAUAGAACAAACCAUUUGUUUUGGGAUGGAAUUCAUAACACAGAGGCCACUGCUGGGGUGUACAUGAGUAUUGCUUAUCAUGGAUCAUCACCUUUUGUGUAUCCUAUGAAUCUGAAGCAACUUAGUGAUGUCUAAUUAACUAGCUAGUUGCAUUCUGUACUAGUUUUACAUCCAU